AUGUCGGACAAGGCUUCUGCUUCAAUAGCUGUGCGGGAUCUCGCCUCGGUUCUCCCCGUAAACCACAAGCCAUGGUGGCAAACGUCCCACCUGCUAAUCCUCAAUGCAUACAUCUUCAGCCUAAUUCUGUUCUCAUCCACCGGUGGCUACGACAUAUCUCUCAUGAACGGCCUCCAAUCCCUCAACCAAUGGCAACUUUUCAUGGAUAGCCCAACCGGUGCCUGGCUCGGCUUCAUCAACGCCAUCCAAUCCAUCGGCGCCAUGAUCUUCCAACCCAUUACUGCCUGGUCAGCCAAUCGCUUCGGCCGCAAGCGCACUAUUCUAUUUGGGUAUCUCUGGCUAGUACUAGGCGUGGGCCUACAAGCCGGCGCACCAAAUCUGAAAUGGUUCAUCGCAUCACGAUUCUUCAUCGGAAUAGCUGGUACCUGGUUCCAAGCGUCCGUCAUUCUGGUCACGGAGAUUGCGUAUCCAUCGCAUCGCUCGUUCGUGACGGCGGCUUAUAUGUGCCAUUACUACGCGGGUUCCUUGCUAUCAGCGUGGAUUUCGUUCGGAACUAGGAAUAUCGAUAGUAAUUGGGCUUGGCGUAUCCCCUCGCUGAUGCAGAUUGCGCUUCCGCUUUUGGCAUUGCCGGGUACGUUGUUGAUUCCCGAGUCGCCGCGUUGGUUGAUCUGUCAGAAGAGGGAGGAGGAGGCGAGGGAAAUUCUGGUUCGCUAUCAUGCUGGUGGGGAUCGGAAUUCGGAGUUGGUUGCGUUUCAGAUGGAGGAGAUUAUUGAGUCUAUUACUAUGGAGCAGAGUUUGCAGCAAGAGUCGCGCUGGAUUGACUGUGUGAGAACGAAGGGGAAUCGAUACCGAUUCUUCUUGAGUGUUUCGUUGGGAUUCUUUGCGCAAUGGAAUGGAUGCGGCGUUGUCUCAUACUAUCUCACCCUCAUCCUCCAAACAAUCGGCGUAACCUCUGUCACAGAACAAACCCUCAUCAACGGCUUCCUCCAACUCUGGAACCUAAUAAUGAGCAUCGCCGGCGCCUGCCUAGUCGACCGCGCUGGUCGUCGCAAACUCUUCAUAACAUCCACAAUAAUCAUGCUAACAAGCUACAUCUUCAUCACUGCACUAUCCGGCAGUUUCAGCAGUACCGGCACCGCAGCUAUCGGCACAGCAGUUAUCCCAUUCCUGUUUAUCUACUUUGCCGGCUACGACAUCGCGUUUACACCGUUACUGCUCGCCUAUCCAGCUGAGAUGUGGACGUUUUCGCUACGUGCGAAGGGUGUUGCUAUAUCCAUGACGACGAAUUAUGUGGCGCUGAUAUUUAAUCAGUUGAUUAAUCCUAUUGCGCUGGAGGCUAUUGCGUGGAAGUAUUAUAUUGUGUUUUUGGUGACAUUGAUUGUUAUCUUGGGGACUGUUUAUUUGUAUUACCCUGAGACGAAGGGGUAUUCGUUGGAAGAGAUUGCGGUCGUUUUUGAUGGAGAAGAGGCGAGGGUUACGGAUGUGGUGAAGGUUAAGGAGAGGAUGGAGGAUGAGGGCACUGGGAAGAGUGAGCAUGCUGAGCAUGUCUAG